CCCCUGCCCAGAGCCAGCAGCCGGGAUCUCAGUAUUAUGGCAUCGAGGAGAAUGGAGACCAAACCCGUCAUAACGUGUCUGAAAACCCUCCUCAUCAUCUACUCCUUCGUUUUCUGGAUAACUGGUGUUAUCCUUCUCGCUGUUGGUGUCUGGGGGAAGCUGACUUUAAGCACAUAUAUAUCUCUCAUUGCUGAAAACUCCACUAAUGCCCCUUAUGUCCUCAUUGGGACGGGUACCACGAUUAUCGUCUUUGGCUUGUUUGGCUGCUUUGCCACAUGUCGUGGCAGCCCAUGGAUGCUGAAGCUGUAUGCUAUGUUCUUGUCUCUGGUCUUCCUGGCUGAGCUUGUGGCUGGCAUUUCAGGGUUUGUGUUUCGCCAUGAGAUCAAGGACACAUUUCUUAGGACAUACACUGAAGCCAUCCAGAAUUACAAUGGAAACGAUGAGAAGAGCCAUGCAGUGGAUGACGUACAACAGAGUCUGAGUUGCUGUGGUGUCCAGAACUACACCAACUGGAGUACUAGUCACUAUUUUUAUGAACAUGGCAUCCCCCCAAGCUGCUGCAUGAAUGCCACUGACUGCAAUCCCUCAGACCUGGCCAACAUUACCAUUGCUGCUACUAAAAUAAACCAGAAGGGCUGUUACGAUCUGAUGACCAGUUUUAUGGAGACAAAUAUGGGGAUCAUAGCUGGAGUGGCUUUUGGAAUUGCAUUCUCACAGUUGAUUGGAAUGCUGUUGGCAUGUUGCCUGUCCCGAUUUAUUACUGCCAAUCAGUACGAGAUGGUGUAACAAGGGGUGUCAUAUACAAUGCCUGUUUUCAGUCAGGAACUGGAUAAUUCUUGGAAGACUUCUAAAGAAUGUUAGAGCACAUACACAACUGCACAUAUACACACACAUAAAGCCACCACCUUCUAAACUCUGUACCAUGCGUAGUGUACCAUUCCGUGAAGUACUGUUGUGCCGCAAAAGUAGCCUGAACCAUUCAGCAUCCAGUACUGUACACUCCAUCCUGAAGGCUCUGCAUAUGAUGGCACUAUAUGUAUGUUCUUGGUCAGACUGUAGUUGCAUUGUAAAAGUUAACAGAGGUAAUUCAUUAACAGCAAUGAUUGGGCUGUGCAUGUAGUGACUGGAGGGCGAGAUUAGCCUUUCACUAUGGUUAAUAAAUGUUGCACACAUCCAUAUUAAACUUGUAUACAAAUAUAUAAAUAUAAAUAUAUAUAUAUUAUUUGGUUUUUCAGAUUUUUAAUUUCUUGAUUUUUGUUUACUGCUUUACUAAAGUUUUUCAGUGUACCCACUCCCUCCCCUCCCCCACAACUGCCCCAAGAAGAAAUCAGUUACAUGACUCAUGAAGAUACUUGAAAAAAGUCCAAAAUCUGCUUGAGAGAAAUUGUUCUUUUGAUGUUCUGCUGCACCUUUGAUUCUUAAUGUUGUACACCUAGUGGGUUGCCAGUAGGCCUUUGUCUAGUGCAUUCUGCCUCUGAAUCUGAACCUGUGUAAUAGUUGUGUUUGUUUGCUUACUGUGAAACCAGUAAUUUCUGCUUUUUUUAAAAAAAAAUAGAUAAUUAUGAACUAAUCAAACUGUGCUGUAACACUACUCCCCCCCUUUAUUUCUUUUACUCUCCUUUUGCAUUGAAGUUGCCACCAAAUACAUUGUCAAAUCAAUCAAACUUAUGGGGGGGCAGGGAAGUGUGUGUGGAAUAUUUUCUGGGGUUGGGGAGCAAAAGUUUAAGACCUUUUUAAAAAAGAAUAGGAAUUUUUAAAUAAGGCCUCUGUCUAGCAUGCCAACAAGAAUGCAUUGAUAUUGUGAGUAUUUGUGAUAUACAUAUUAAUAAAUGGAACCAUUACGGAUUUC